AUGUCAGAGGAAAAGAUAAACGAAUUCAUGGCCAUCACUGGUGCUGAUAACGCUGCUAUUGCCACUCAAUUCAUCGAAAUGGCAGACGGUAACUUGGACACCGCCAUAUCAUUGUUUUUCGAAAAUGGUGGACCCUCCUUGCUGAGCAGCAACAAUACCUCUGCUCCUCAAAAUUCUGCUUCCAUGGCCCCUAUCUCAGCGGACGCUGAUGCCGAUGCCCAAUUGGCAGAGAGGUUACAAAGGGAAGCUUAUCAGCAACAACAUGAACAAGAUUUUGUCAGGCCGCCUGAUGAGGCAAGACAUGAGGUACUUACCGAGAGUUCUGGGUUCCCAACUUCUUAUGGCGGCAUUGGCGGAAGAUUCGAGCCAUUGCAUCGGAUAAACGAUAUGUUUGAUGAAACGAGACCUGAAGGCAUCUUCAAUCAACGAUUGGAUGACACGAACACCAACACAUACAUCAAUGAUGACUCUUCAGAUUCCUUUGAAUCGUCUGAAGAAAACGAGGACGACGAGUACGAGUAUGUGGAAGAGCCAGUUAUUGAACUUGACGAAGAUGGUAACAUCAAGGAGUAUACUAAAUUAGUAAGAAAACCUAAAUUUAUUUCUAAGGAACAGAAGUUGGCUUUAUUGUUCAAACCUCCAUUUUCAAUUAUGUCCAAACUGGACCUGGAUCAAGCAAAGCAAAAGGCAAGGAUCAAGCAAAAAUGGAUAAUGAUUAACAUUCAAGACUCCGGAAUUUUCCAAUGUCAGGCUCUCAACAGAGAUCUGUGGUCAUCCAGACCGGUCAAGACCAUAGUAAGAGAUAAUUUCAUUUUUCUACAAUACCAAUACGAAUCACGCAAUGCCCAGCCCUAUCUACAAUUCUAUCACUUGAAUAAUAAAGAUGAUCUACCUCAUAUUGCCAUACUAGAUCCAAUCACUGGUGAACGUGUCAAGCAAUGGAAUAGAGCUGUUCCCAUGCCGGAACAAUUCAUUUCGGAAGUUAGUGCGUUUCUAGCCUCGUUUUCCUUAGAUCCUAAGGUCCCUAAUCCGACGGUCAAUGAACCACCUCCUAAAUUAGACCCAACGACUUUAACUGAAGAGCAACAAAUGGAACUAGCAAUCAAAGAGUCAUUAAAUAAUACCUCAAUUGAGUCAAACCAAGAAAAAGUACCGAAUGCUGAUCAAGGGCAGAAGCAAGUCCAAGAUGUAGAUUCAUUCAAUACUGUUGAAGCCAAAGUGCAUCCGGAACCGCUAAAUAAACCAGGAAUAACCACAAGAAUCCAAAUACGUACUGGUGACGGCACCAGACUAGUUCGCAGAUUUAAUGCUCUAGAAGACACUGUGCGUACUAUUUACGAAGUUGUCAAGACUGAAAUGGAUGGUUUUGCGGAUGCAAAAUUCACUCUGAAUGAUCAUCAAAGAGAGGAUUUGAUUGAUAAAUUGAAUAUGAGCAUAGCAGACGCCGGAUUGAAGAACAGUUCUUUACUGCUCGAGAAAAUUGACUCCGAGUAA